AUGGGCCCCGGUUUCGACUGCCUCGGCAUGGCGCUCGAUUUAUGGAACCGCUUGACCGUUACCGCGCUGGCCGAUGGCGCCGUACCAAGGGUUGAAGUAGCGGGCGAAGGCGAAGGCGAGCUGGCAACUGAUACUGACAACCUCGUAUACCAGGCGAUGGCCUUCCUUUAUGAAGAAGCGCGGGAGCCCAUGACCCCGAUGGACAUCCACUGCCAAAAUGCGAUUCCUUUGAGUCGGGGACUGGGAAGUAGCGCAGCGGCGAUAUCUGGCGGUUUGGUUGCGGCGAACGCCAUGUUGGGCAACCCUUACGGCGCCGAUGAGUUGCUGGAAAUGGCCGCAACCAUCGAGGGCCACCCUGACAACGUGGCGGCUGCAGUUUACGGAGGCAUGCGCCUGGUUGUAACGGACGAAGACCGGAUCUAUACCGCCGCCAUCUCGAUCCCGCCUCAGCUCCAGGCCGUUCUUUUCGUCCCGGAGCGGCGGAUUGCCACCGUUGAUGCGCGCCGUGUGUUGCCAGCCGAGGUCACCGUCGCCGAUGCGGUUUUCAAUAUGAGCCGUGCCGCGCUUCUGGUUGCCGGGAUGCAGGGUAACCAUCCGGAGUACCUCCGAAUCGCCACGCAAGACCGGUUGCACCAACCCUAUCGGCAAUCGAUCUUCCCGCCGAUGAAAGUGAUCUUCACCGCCGCGAUGGCCGCGGGAGCCCUGGGAGUGUUCCUUUCGGGCAGCGGAAGUACCAUCAUGGCGUUGGCGGAAGACCGCGCGAUGACCGUAGCCUAUGAGAUGUUCGACGCCGCCAGGCUGGCCGGCGUGGAAGGCCGCGUUGAAAUCACACAGCCAACCGAACUCGGCGCCCACGUGAUCUCCGGAGAUUCGGACGAUUGA